CCUGAUCGAGUCCGGGGAGGGAAAUGCCAGGGCGGGGAAGGGCGCGACGCGAUCUCAGCCAGGAGGGGCAUUAAGAAGACAGGCCGGCAGCCCCUGCGGCUGCGUUUCAGAAACACAAGGUGUCUGUCUCCCAGCCCCAGCCCGCUUUAAUCGCUGGCGGUGACCUUUUCCGAAGCGACUUCUAGGCGAAGAUGAAGGUAACCACGCUCGACUCCGGUCGGCUGAAGCAGCUGCUACGAAACGAGCCUGCCCGGUGCCUAGUCCUGGACUGUAGACCGUACCUCUCCUAUUCGGCCUCUUGCCUGCGCGGAUCGCUCAACGUGAACCUCAAUUCGACGGUGAUUCGCCGCGCCCACGGGCGGCCCGUGCCCUUGCACUUCGUGGUGCCCGACGAAGCGGCCCGAGGGCGGCUCCUGUUGCCGCUGGCUCGCCCGGAAGAAAGCGACGCGGGGACAGGAGAAGGCGAUGACCGGGUGCCGCCGCCGCCUCGGCUGCUGACAGCGGUGAUCGUCCUGGAUCAAAACACGCGCCACUGGCGCAAGCUCAAGAAAGAGAGUACGGCUCAGAUCGUGCUGAACACGCUGCUGGCCAGCCUGCCGGAGCCCGGAGCCCGGAUCUGCUUCCUGAAAGGAGGGUAUGAAACCUUUUAUUCACAGUACCCCGAGUUCUGCAUAGAUGUAAAGCCUGUAUCCCAAGAGAGGACUGAAGCUGACAGAAGCAUCAACAGCCUCUAUGAGAAGCAGUGCAUCCACCAAAACCCAGCAUAUGAUCAGGGUGGCCCAGUGGAGAUCCUGCCUUUCUUAUACCUUGGCAGUGCCUACCAUGCUUCCAAAUGUGAGUUCCUUGCCAAUCUGAACAUCACUGCACUCUUGAACGUCUCCAGGAAGCGCUCUGAGCCCUUUACAGAUCAGUAUUGCUAUAAGUGGAUUCCGGUGGAAGACAGUCACACAGCAGACAUCAGCUCACACUUCCAGGAAGCAAUAGAGUUUAUUGACUGCAUCAGACGGGCAGGGGGCAAAAUCUUGGUGCAUUGUGAAGCUGGAAUUUCUCGAUCUCCCACAAUCUGCAUGGCUUAUUUGAUGAAAAUGAGAAAGUUUCGCCUGGAGGAAGCUUUUGAUUACAUCAAACAACGUAGGAGUCUGAUCUCACCAAACUUUGGUUUCAUGGGCCAACUGCUGCAGUAUGAGUCAGAAAUACUGUCUUCUGCUCCCAGCCCUCCUGUUGCCUCUUGCAAAAGGGAUGCUGUGUCUUUCUUCACCGAAGAACUGACUCUGAGCAAAGGCUUUGAAGGAUCCUGUUUUGCUUUUCCUACCUCAGUUUUGAGUUCUGUGCCCAUUCAUUCACCUGUCCAUCAGCUAAAACUGAACCCAAUUGCUGCAGCAUCAUCAUGUUGGACCCUCCUGGGAACAAGAGACAAUACAGUCCCAUGAUAUCAACGAAUACUUUUAACAAGACAUUUCAUCUACACGCAACCCAGAGGACCUCAUGAAUUUCAUCCAAAACCAGACACUUAAAUCCGGAAGGGGAUAUUGGUUUUAGAGUGAGAUGGGAGUCAUGAUUCAGGCCAUUUAAACUUGGGCUCACUACAUAGUUUCAAGUUAUCAUCUGCUGAGUCUAGCUAACUCCUCCUUCUAGUUCAAUUACUCUAGAAGUCUAGUUUCAACUAGAAGAUAGCCUUCUUCCCAGAAGUAAAUAUUCUUCAUUAUGGGUGAGGCACCUAUAUUUAUGGCCAUCAUCUAGGUCAAGUCUUUCAAAUGAGUGAAUGUGUUUAAGAGAUUAAAUGUAUGACUCUCAAGAACUUUUCAACAUUUAUGGAAUGUUUGUGCAUCCACUACUGUACUUCCAGACGAUGCUGGAGUAGAGAGCCAUCUUUAGAAGAAAAAGGGUCACUCAGACCUGUCCUGUUGCUUCUUGGUUCUUGUCUCCCUCCCUUUCUUAAUUAUAGCCUCGUUUUAAAGUGUAAGCAAUAAACAGCUGUGUCAGGAAAGCAGAGCUGUAAUGAAAAGCACAAUUUACAAAAGCAGAAAACCCUGACAUGUUUGGUGGUUGCAAAAACUUGAAUGCUUGCUUUUUUGUGUUUGUAUUUUUUAAAAUGUUCUCUGCUACAGGAUGCACACAGACCUUCCUUCUUCCUCAUACCUGCCAGUCCUCCAUUGCUUAUUGAUGUACAACUGCAGUCAGGAUUAGAUGUUCAGCCUUCCCAGAAACCAUCAGUUGCAUUUUCUGGGAAAGGUGAUAAUGAAAUACACUUGAGAAAUUUUCUAAAUAUGUCAAUAUUGCUGGGGUGAGUAACUUAAAAUGAUUUGGCCUAUAGCUCCCAUCAGUCAUAUAACCAGUGGUGAUAGAUUAUAACUGUAGGCCAAAACAUCUUGACCACCCCUACCAGAGGGGCUCAACUCUUUACUCAUUCUCUAAAUCUUGGUAAGGUUUCCAGAAGCAAUACAACUUGCAAUACAACCAGGUUCUCAUGUUUUCAUUGUUCCACAGGGGACAUCCUCUAUGUUCUACUUCACAUUUUCUUCUUUCAACACUGUGCUGGAAGUCCUGGCAUAUUCUAAGCCUGAAUCAGUAACUAGAUGUGGCAGCACAACCUUCUUCUGCCUCUUAGCCAUAUCCCCCAAAUAACAGCAGUAGAACGGUGUGGAUUAUAAGUAUGCCAUGGUAAACCUACUCAGCCAGCUAUCUGAAUUAGGUAUCUCCAGGUUUCAAUUGGAAACAUAUAUAGCAGGGCUAGACAACCUGUAGGUCAACCAUCUGGAGGGCUCACAGUUGGUUGUGUUGACUAGAAGUGAUGGGAGCUGUAGGCAAAACAACUUGACACCUACAUGCUUGCAUGCCCUAGCUUACAGAUCUGCUAUUGUUUAUUUGCUCCUGGCAUCUCAUGGGGAAAAGGCCCAUACUGCAUACUGCCCCACAACUAUGUUUUAUCUGAGAUGAAGGACCAGAACCUGGAUCAAAACUCAGCUGCAGUUCACUUGCAUAUCAGUAACUGGGUAUUGUAUAGGGCACACUUGAGUGAACACUGGGCAUAUUUGCAGCUAAUGCCAGAGCUCUGGAGCUCUGCUGGGGAUAUGAUCGCUUCCCUUAAGCCACAUAUUUUCACUAAGAACAGCAGAGCAGGAGCCAGAAAUUAACCUACAGCCUCACUGCAACUGGUUAUGUGAAGGCCUGCUUUGGCAUUCUCAAAUAUUUGCCCAAUGAAACUUCCUUCUAAAAAUUGUUGAAUUGUUACCUUUUUAAAAAUCAGUUUUUAAAAAAGAUGAGAUGAGGGCUUUGCAAAAGAUGCAUCUUCCUAAUCAAGUGUUAUUGAUCUGUAUAUUGUGUGUUCUUGUUGAAUAAUAUGUGGCUUACUGUUCCAUGUGUGGAUCUCUUCCAUAUCACAUUUCUGGCUGUAGACUAACUUAUUUCUUAGCCAACAGGGACUUCUCUUCUCAUCUCUGGGAAUCUGAAUAUCUAGCUUGUGUGUCUGCAGGUGGCUCAGUGUGUUGUUCUGUUACAUUUUUUUUAAAUAUGGAAAAUGGCAAUAAUUGCCUGGAGAACUUGUGAAUGUGUAUUGAAAACUUUUGUAAGAAAAUUAAGUGUGGAACAAUAAAAUGUAAUUGAAAA